UUCCCUUCGAAUCUCAUUUUUACUGUGUGUUUGUUGUUAUCGUAAACAUUGAUACAGACAAGAUGUCUAAACAGGCAAUCAUAAUGGACUGUGUGUGAUAAUCCAUUUUGAGCAAUUCGGGGCAAUUUCAGUUUCUCGGUGGCGGAUGACGCGCAAGACUUCACCCUUUCAAUUCCGUUGACACAUAUACAGAGGUGUCGUUUCUGAUAAUCAAUUUCAGUUUCUCUUUGCUACGAUCGCCACAUUCUCUCUCUCUUUCUAGUGGAAGAUCCCGGUCUACUGACUUAGUGUCGCCUUGGUGUGGAAGAUCCAGGUCUACUGACUUAGUGUCACCUUGGUGUGUACUGUGCAGUUUGACUGAACCUGAGCUGAACUGCAUCACGCCUAUAAAUUAACACAUUUCUUAGGAAGAUGCAGCAACCCGUGCAGCCAAGGCCUUCUGCCAAUGGAUAUGACCGUCGUAAAGUUGAUAGAGAAAUGGGUACUAAGUUGGAGAAUAAAGUGCAAUCUGGAAAAACUACUUCUCGACAAUUUACAGGUGUAGGUAAAGGGGGAGCAUAUCAAAGCCUGUCACGUGAUCGACUAGUUUAUUUAAGUACCUGUCUUGUUGGACAUCAAGUGGAAGUACAAGUGAUGGACGGAUCAGUGUUUUCAGGGAUACUUCAUGCGACAAACCCUGAAAAAGAUUUUGGUAUCAUUCUGAAAAUGGCGCAGUUGAUAAAAGAUAGUUCUGAGGGGAUGAAGAAUACUUCUGAAACUUUUAGCAAGUCUCCAUCAAAGACUUUGAUAAUACCGGGUAAAGAGUUUGUACAAGUUACAGCAAAGGGUGUGCCUACAACUUUAGAUGGCUUCAGAACAGAAUUCAUGCUGGAACAGCAGCAGGAACUUUUGACAGAUUCAUGUAUUUCACAAUCUCGGCAUAUUGAGGUAGAGCGGGAGUUGGAACGCUGGCUACCUGAUGAUGAUGCUCCUGAAUGUCCUGAACUGGACAAUAUAUUUGAUGGCCAUUGGAAUAGGGGCUGGGAUCAGUUUCAAGCCAAUGAAACACUGUUUGGAGUAAAAAGCACAUUUGAUGAGGACCUUUAUACGACAAAGCUUGAGAGAGGUCCUCAGAUGAGUGAGUUGGAAAAAGAAGCUCUAAGAAUAGCUAGAGAAAUUGAGGGUGAGGAUACACGUGAUCUUCAUCUAGCAGAGGAGAGAGGGAUUCAACUUCAUGAGAACCUAGAAGUUGACGAGGAAACCAGAUUUUCUGCAGUUGUUAGAGAGGUUGAUGAUAGCGGCUAUGAUGACUGUGAGGACAUAUUAUUGGAUUCACGUAAUGAUGAGACAUUUCAAGGUAUAUCUAGUGCUAUGGGCAAGUCAUCUACUGACAUGACCAGAAGGAAGAUGAAUGAUGGUGCACAAGUUUCAUCAAGAUCUUCCUCCAUGGAUGAAGUGCAAUCUUCCCAGCUAAGUACCAGCAGGGAUGUCUACCAGACUUGUUAUGAUGAUCAUGCGAAACGGUCAUCAGCUGAAGUUGUCGCUAAAGAUGGUUCUAUCAUAAACAGGGGACUCAAAACCCUGUUUAGUGAGCAUGCUGGAGCAAGUUGCAAUAAAGAGGAUACGAGAAAUCAAAUGAUAGCUGAAGUUGCUCAAACGUCAGUAUUGGAAGAUUCAAAGUUUUCUUCAAGAAUGAAAAUGGAAACUUCUGAUGGGGGUAGAUUGUCUUCAGACAUCUCUGCAUUGCAUGUUCUUCCAGUGGACCAGGAUAAGAUCACAAGUUCUUCUAGAGAGAAGUUUGAGGGUGCGGUGUCUUCCAAGAUUCAAGGGGCUUCACAAUCUGCUAAUUCUCGUGUACGACCUAGUAGUUCUGUUCUAUCCGCUUCUGAUGGAAUAGGUGCUGCCUCAACGUCAGCUGACAAUGGAUUAUCACGAACCUCUUCUGUAAAUUCAUUUUCGUCAGAAAAAUCCACAUUGAAUCCACAUGCGAAGGAAUUUAAACUAAAUCCUAAUGCAAAGAGUUUCAUGGUGUCUCAAUCACCUUUGAGACCCGCUUCUCCGAUGUCUGAUAAUUCCUUCUAUUAUCCAGCUGGUGUGGCUACUGUUCCAAAUAUGCAUGGGAUGCCUGUUGGGGUUGGUCCAUCAUUUUCUGCACAUCAGCCUGUUAUGUUUAAUCCACAGGCACCUGUACCACAACAAUUUUUCCAUCCAACUGGACCACAGUACGGACAGCAGAUGAUGAUUGGUCACCCUCGGCAAGUAGUCUAUAUGCCGAGUUACCCCUCUGAAAUGCGACGAGAGUACUAAGCAGUUGGCAAACCAUAUCGCGUGGUGGGUUAAACCGAUUGAUGCUGUAGGAAAUAAUUCCUUACUCUAAAUUUCAUGGAUUGGUGAAGGAAGUUCAGCUGGUUGAUGAAGGGGGGUUCCAAUGAUUUGAUUAGAGCUCUUCCUUAUACUGGGGAUAUCAGUGAUUGUGAAUUUGUCAUAAUCAUAGAUUUGUAAGCUUUCAGAUUUACAGUUUUUCGUGAAGUUAACUGUGAUGUUUCAUUGGUAUACUGCAGUUGAUAUUUCUUCUCUUUGAUCUGUACUCAUAAUGUAUGUUUCUCUUUUCAAUACUAUUUAGUAGACUUUUAGCUACUUAUUGGUGGAAAUUAAAACCAAAAAAGAUGUGAAGAGUCGAUUUA